AUGAACGCCCUGCACCCGGACGUGCUAGCAGAUCUGGCGAGUCACUUGCAGCGCGCCCAGUCGGACUCGUCCGUGUCGGCGAUCGUCAUCACUGGGGAGGGCCAGAAUUUCUCUGCCGGUUUCGAUGUGGCGGUGUUCGCCAGCAAGGCGCGCUCCGGGCCGGGGGACGGCGAGGUCGUCGACGCACGCGGUAUCAAUGCCGCUUUCUGCAGGCUUGUAGAGUCCGGGCCGAAGCCAGUCGUGGCGGCGAUCGACGGCAUCUGCCUCGGUGGGGGUCUCGAGCUGGCCAUGGCCUGUGCGGGCCGCGUCGCCGCCCCCUCCGCGCGCCUUGGACUGCCGGAACUCAAGCUGGGGAUCAUUCCCGGCUUCGGCGGCACCCAGCGGCUCCCACGGCUCGUCGGCGUGAAGACCGCGAUGGACAUGAUGCUCACCAGCAAGCAAGUCCCUGCCACAAAGGCACUGGAGCUCGGGCUCCUCGACGAAGUGUGCCCGCCCGGGAACGUUCUCGUUUCCAAGGCGUGCCAGAUGGCUGGCGACAUCGCCAGCGGGUCCCGCGCGAGGUCCGAGACGCUGUCCCGGACGGACCGCCUGGAGGACGCCGCAGUGGUGCAGGAGGUGCUCAAGGUGGCUGAAAAGCGCGCGCGGAAGGCUCAGCCCAACGUGGAGUUCCCUGGCCUGUGCAUCGCGGCGGUGCGCGCGGGGCUCGAGAAAGGCGGGCUGGCCGGGCUGGAGGUGGAGCGGCAGUGUUUCAGUCAGGCGCAGGCCGCCCCGGCCCACAAGGCGCUCGUGCACGUCUUCUUCGCGUCGCGCGCCACGAAGCGGGUGUGCGGGGUCACUGACGCCGGCGUUGCGCCGCGCGAGCUCAAGACGAUCGCGGUGGUCGGCGGGGGCUUGAUGGGCUCGGGGAUCGCGACGGCGUCUGCGUUGGCGGGCUACACCGUGCUUCUGAAGGAGAUCAACCAGAAGAUGCUGGAGGCGGGCAUGGGGCGCAUCCACGCCAACCUGGCCAGCAGAGUCAAGAAGGGCGCGAUGACGGAGGCCAAGGCGAAGGAGGUCGCGGGGCGGGUGCGAGGUUGCCUCGACUACUCUGCGUUCCGUUCUGCUGACCUGGUCAUUGAGGCGGCGCUGGAGAGAGUGGACUUGAAACAGGCGAUCUUCGCUGACCUGGAGAAGGCGUGCCGGCCCGACUGCAUCCUCUCCACGAACACGUCCACGAUCAACAUCUCCAAGGUCGGCGCGAAGACGAAGGCGAGUGCAAGGAUCCUGGGAGUGCAUUUCUUCUCACCCGCACACGUCAUGCCGCUGCUCGAGAUCGUCAAGACGGACGAGACGUCGAAGCAGGUCUUGGUGGACACACUCGCAUACGCGACGAAGAUCAAGAAGACGCCCGUCAUCGUCGGGAACUGCACGGGAUUCGCCGUGAACCGCAUGUUCUUCCCGUACACGAUGGCGGCGUGUCUGCUCGUUGACCUGGGCGUCGAUCCCUACACCCUCGACUUCGCCAUCAUGGGCUUCGGAAUGCCGAUGGGCCCCUUCCGCCUCGCGGAUCUCGUCGGCGUGGACAUCAGCGUGCACGUCGGGGCCAACUUCGUCGACGAUUUCCCUGAAAGGGUCUAUCAAUCGAAGCUGAUCCAGCUGAUGCACGACCUUGGCCGGCUCGGUGAGAAGACGAAGGGGGGCUUCUACAAUUACAAGCUCUCGCGCCAGGGGUUCCCGGAGGCGACCAUCUCGCCCGUCGUGGAGACGUCUCGGCGCGAGGCGGGCCUCAUCGCGCGCAGGGACGGGAAGCGCCUGCAGCCCACCAAGGAGCAGCUGGUCUCCAUGGUGUUCUUCCCCGUGGUCAACGAGGCCUGCAGGAUCAUCGACGAGGGCAUCGUGGACAAACCCUCAGACUUGGACGUGUCCGCCGUCAUGGCGAUGGGGUUCCCGGCGUACCGCGGGGGAGUGAUCCACUGGGCCGACUCCAUAGGCGCGGCCGCGAUCGCUGCGGCCCUGCAGCAGUGGGCGGAGGCGUAUCCCGAGACGGCAGGAUUCUGGAAGCCAUGCGACUUCCUGCUGCGCUGCGCGCGCAGCGGCGCGAAGCUCGGCGGUGGCGCUGCGACCUCCCGCCUCUGA